UCGAACGUAAUUUGAUUGGACCGGUAAGGAAACGACAGGAGCCCCUGAGAUCUCUCGGAGAAAAGUAUGACAAGCUUCCACACCAUGCCCUCACGGCGGAACGCCCCGAUGUGUUUAACAGACUUUCCGAUGCCAGAGCAGAAGGGCCGUAGCCGCGUAACCGCUGAUGACGAGGACACAAUUUGGAGUGCUAGGACUUGUCGAGGCUGCUCAGAGGCGACAAGCAGCUUUGUAUAAAUAUUGUCAGCGGAGCCGUUGUACAACUCCACCACCACGCCUCGGUCUUUACUAGCUUUCGCUUCGUACAUUCUAUUCUCUUUUCUCGUUUGCUUCGUCUGCCUUUCUUCAUAGCGCUGAGCAGCCUAUCCCACUUUCAGAAUGGUCAACUUCGCAUCUAUCAUCAGUGGUGCCGUAGCCGCUUCCUCCCUCCUUGGGUUCGCAUCAGCCCAUCCCGGAGAGAAGCACGACAUGUCCCAUGUCAAGCGCCAAAUCGACGCCCGCCAGCUGCGUGCCGCUGCCGCCAAGCGCUCUCUCUCCAACUGCCAGAACUCCCUCAAGCACAGGGAGCUGAUGCAGCGUUCCAUGGCACGCCGCGCGCAGGCUUUGAAUGACCUCCGCGAGAAGCGCGGGAUCAAAGUCAACUCCAAGAAAUACCGCCGCGACCUUGCGACCCUUCAGGAAUUCGAAGCCGUCAACCAUAACAUGACUGGCACUGUCGACUAUACCCCCAAUACCCCCGAGAGCACUAUCUUUGCGGCCAAUACCUCCUGUAUCCUCUCCCCUGAUGUCACCGACGGACCCUACUACGUUCUCGGUGAGCUAGUCCGCCAGGACGUCAAGGAGGAUCAGGUCGGCAUUGACCUAUACUUGGAGGUACAGUACAUUGAUACCGAGACAUGCGAGCCGGUUCAGGACCUCUACGUCGAUGUUUGGAAUUGCAACUCUACUGGCACAUACUCUGGAGUCGAAUCCGGCCAAGGCGGCCUCAACUCCACCUUCCUCCGCGGCAUCCAAUCCACCGAUGAAGACGGUGUUGUAACUUUCGAGACGCUAUUCCCGGGCCACUACACCGGUCGCGCCACACACACUCAUCUGCUCGUCAAGUCGAACGUCACUCUCCGAGAGAAUGGCACGACCGAAGGGGGAGCCGUGACCCACAUCGGCCAGCUCUUCUAUCCAGAGGAUCUAAUCACUGACGUCGAAACCACCUCUCCUUAUAACACGAACACCAUCGAGCGAACUUCGAACGACGAUGACGUGUGGAGCAUUGUCCAGGCCGCGAACGACUACGAUCCGUUCCCUGAGUUCGUCUACCUCGGUGACACCGUCUCUGACGGCCUGCUCGCUUGGAUCCAGAUCGGAAUCAACACUACUCAGGACCUCUCCAAUGAUGAGUACUACGCUGUCGCCGCUACCUACUACGAGGGAGGAGGAGUUGCGAAUGCCGACAAUCCUCUGAUCGGCGGUGGUAACGGGACUAUGCCCUCUGGCGCCAUGCCGUCUGGUGCUAUCCCCACCGAUAUACCUUCUGGUGCUGUUGCUUCCGACGCUGCGGGCGAUGCUGCUUCAAGCACUGCACCCUCGAGCGAUGCCCCUCCUUCCGACAUCCCCACUGCUCUGCCGUCUGGCGCGCCGCAGCAGUCCGAAAUGCCAGCCGGUCAAGGCCCUACAGGCCCAAAUUCCAUGCCUUCUGGUGCGCCGCAGCAGUCCGGAAUGCCAACCGGCCAACGCCCUACUGGCCCAAAUUCUAUGUCUUCUCGCGUCCCACAGCCCUCUGGUAUGCCUUCUGGUGCUCCCUCGAGCGCAGGGCCUGCCGGACAACAGCCCUCUGGAAAGCAGAGCAUGCCCCAGGGUGGACCUGCGCCAAGUGGAUUUGCGACUAGCGCUGCCCGUCCUGGUCGUGGUGGCGCUUAGCGCAGCUGACCCGUGAUCUGGUUGAGCAUCGGAGAGAAAGCGCUUCAUUGUCUAUAUUCGAGAACUCUACAUUCUUUUCCUUGUAUCUCCCGGCGUUGGUCUUUUAUUCUUCUUCCUUUCUUGUACCUACUUAGA